GUUCACACGCUCUUGGGCCGCGGCUCUCGGUUUCGCCCUUCCCCUCGGAGGAGGAAGAUGUAGCGCUGCGCCUCCGGAGGAGGAAAGGGCACCCGACGCUCGAACCCGGAACGAGGUUUUCCGUCGAGAAACUUUCGGUUUGCGAGCGGAGAUCCGGAGGUGGCAGAGGAGCCGCUGGGCCAAGAGCCUGAGGGGCAGGCAUGGCGGGACUGUGAUGUGGAAUGAUGGCUACUGACAGAGAGCUGCUUCAUGUGAUCAAGGAAUUAAAGUAUACCCUGAUUGACUUAAACAAAAACUACCGUGAGCGGGGUCUUCCCGUGACAGAUGGUAGCCAGGAACUGCAACCCUUCUGUGCCCAGCUGGAAUUUCUGCUGCAGUAUGAUUUGAAAGAGAAGAAAAACCUCUUUGGACAGAAAAAGGAUUACUGGGAUUUUCUGAGCCGAAACCUGACCAGGCUAUACAAUGACCCACAUGCAGGGGUUCAACAUGUCACCUCCUUGGACAAACUGAAAACCGCUGUGGGGAAAGGCCGUGCUUUCAUCCGCUAUUGCCUGGUCCAUCAACAAUUAGCUGAGACCUUGCAGCUCUGCUUCAUGGAACCAGAAGUCACCAGUGAGUGGUACUAUGCACGUAGCCCCUUCCUGGACCAAAAGCUAUGGACGGACAUUUUGAACUCCCUCUAUGAGUUGGAUGGCAUUGCCUUCCAUCUGGCUCUCCGCAGAGAAGAUCUGGAUACUGCAUGGCCCACAGUCUCAGAAGUUUUGCCACAAUUUUCCAUCAGAGCUACAAAGUACACCCAGUCACAGGAUGGAUCUUCUAAGGUUGGAAACUCAAACCAAGAACAUGGGCUUCAUCAAGGAAGUACCUUAGGUCACAGGAGCAAACUCAGAACAAUGGAUCAAUAUGUUACUGAUUCAAGUGUAGAUGAUCAGUUGAGACCUGGACUGGAACAGCCAUUGGAGAAGUGGAUUGGGGUCUGGCGAAGCAGAAAGAACAGUCUAUUGCAGAUGGGUUCCCUUCUGAAGCUGAAUCCCUUUAUGGAAAGGUAUGUCCAGUGUCCACCUUCUGGCAAGGAGCAGAAGAGGGCAAAUGGUGAUUUGCAGGUCCAUUUGGAAAAACUAGGAAAGGAGCAGCCAAGUAGCAUGUCUUCCAUCCAAGGAUUAUGUUGUCCUCAAACUAAACACUGCCUCUGCAGAAAGGUAGAUGGGAUAAUUGAAGGUGACAGCUUGUGGAAACAAGAAGACUUGAGAACAUUGACAGGGGAAUUGAGUGUUUUGCAGCAAAAGUUGGCUCUGCAACAAGAGGAGAAUGCAUCUCUAAAGCAAACUCUUUCUGAAGAGAACCACUCUCUGAAAGAGGAAUUGACAAAAUAUGAAGAACAACAGAAAGAGAAAAUAGGUGAGCUGGAAAAACAGCAGCAGGAAUUGGCCAAGGUAGUAAAAGCACUCAGAGAAGCAGAAUGUAAGAUUGCCAGUUUGACUGGUGAAUGUCAAGAAGCAUGGACCAAGAAGGAUGUUGUUGAGAGAUCUCUCAGAGAGGCAGAACAAAGACUGAGUUCUCAGGAGGCAGAGAGGAGAAAUCAUCUGGCAUACAUGGAGGCCCAAGAACUAAGGCAACAGCAACUGAUUUCUCGAUGCCAGGGACUGCAGGAGAAAUUGAAAGUAUGUGAAGAGAGCCUGGAGAAGUGGGAAGUACAUGUGGCAGCCAUGAAGAGCCAACAUGGCCAACUGGAAACAAUCAGGGAGCUGUCAGAAGAGAAAUGUUGCAGCAUGGUGGAAAGAGAAGAAUAUUCAACCAUACUGGAAAUAGAUCCAUUUAAGGAGAAACUAGAGAGGAGCUUGGCUGAAAUAAAGGACUUAGAAAAGGAGAAGGAGACACUUAUGGAAACUCUUGUGUCUCAAGAACAAAGUCUGGUGUUUUCCAAACUAGAAAUUAAAGACCUUCAGAAGGAGCUGCUAGUAUGUCAAGAGCAUCUUGUCACUCUCCAGGUGUCUCUGGAGAAGCAGGAAAAGGCCCUAAGGGACUGUGAAAAAGCAGCUCAGAGUUUGCAAAGAGAGCUAAAUGACCAGUCUGCCUGCUUAAAGGAAACCUUGGUGAAAAACACAACACUGGAAGCCCAGUUAGAGGAAAUGGCCAGCAAAAAGUUCCAGCUGGAAGCUGAAACUCUUGAGGAACAGAGCAGAUGGGAAAGAACUUCACAGACACUCAAAGGCCAGCUAAGUACUUUAGAAGAAGAAGUGGUGAGGCUUCAAGAGGAGAGGCAACAGCUCCAAGCCACUCUGCAACAAACCCGUGGAGAAAGAGAAAUCUUGGCAAAACAAGCAGAAAGUACUAUUGCUAGUCUGAAGGGACAGACUCAGGAGAUUACAUGGCUUAGAAGUGAGCUGGAGACAUUGAAAGCCACCAGCCAAACUCUACAGAAAACCCAGCAGGAGAAAAGUGAAAGUAUAGCUUCAGCACUAAGAGAAGAGCGCCUAAAGCUGAAAAAUCAAGUAGAACAGCUGCAGCAGGAGAAAAUGCACGCCACUAAUAUAGCAGAAAAGCUGAGCGAAGAGCUGGGGCGAUGCUGGAAGUGGCCCACAGAAGAUGAUGUUCUGCAGAGGGCGCUGGUUCCUUCCAUCACAGUGACAGAUCUUGCAUGUGAGAGCAAAAGUAAGGAAACCAGGGGUCCUGUCAAGGAAAGGGGCAUUGUCACAGAGAAGAAGAAUCAUGGAAUACCAAGAUCACCUCUGAGAGUGAAAGAGAUUGAGGCUGAUGUGCUUCAGGAUUUGGAAAGACCUGUAAAGAAGGAUGACAGUGCCAAACAGAGAACUGAAGUCCAUGAGAAGAGCCUAGUUGGCCAUUUGGACAAAAUGACAGAAGAUGUCCAGCAAGCAAAAAAAAUGUUAAUAGCUAAAGAAAAAACAACAGGUCAUCUCAUGGAGCAGCUGAACCGGUGUCAGCAAGAAAAAAAACAGUUGCAACUUUCGCUGGAGAAAAACUGCCAGGAAUCCGAGGAGAAGGAGAAGAAAUUGAAAGAGGAGCUGUCGGAACAGGGGAUGCUCAUCAGCAAUAUGAAAAGAAAGCUUCUGGAAUUACUGCAGGAGAAGGAUGCCCUGUGGCAGAAGACGGAAGGUAUCGCGUCCCCAGCCGUGAGCUCAGCCCCUCAGAACACAGGAGUGUGCUUUCGCUGCAAAAAAGAAUUCAGGCUUAUGUCACGCCGAUAUCAGUGCAGGUGGUGCCAGAGCACUGUGUGUCAUGCUUGUUCAGUGAGCAGUGGGCACAAGGAGCGCUACUGCAUAGCGUGCUACCAGAAGAGAAAUGGUCAGAGCACAUGACCCUUGGUCUCAUCAAGUCAUCCCAUACUACUCAGCCACAUUGCAAGUUCAGUUACCUGCCUGGCUGCUAUCUAUAAGUGGAUUUGAGAUAUCAGAUCCAGAUCCAGAAGAAUAAAAGCAAAGGGACUCUUGCAGUGAUAAAAGAGAACUGCCUAUGGAGUCCUUGGGGUUCUCUGAGCUUGGUUGUUUUCUUGCAAACGUUUCGUUA